GAUAAUUUUAUACAAAUAGACAAUUGUGUAAUGAAAACAAAAUGCCUCUGCAAUAUUUUCCUUCCAGUCGCUGUUCUAUUUUCACCCAACAGAGUCUAAACAAAAAGAUUUCCAAAUAACGGAGGAAGUCCUAUGUAAAUAAAGAACCUCUCUUUCUAAGAAAAAAACAAACUAAGAGAGAUCAUAUAAAAGAAAGAAUAGAAAAGAAAAAGGAUCCAGGGGAUAUAGACUAUGCAAAAGUCUAAAACCCUAUAAAAGAAGAAAGAAGAAGAAGAACCUCGGAAUACACAGGAGACAGGCCAGGUACCGUGAGAGGAAGAAAUAAAUUUUAAAAAAAAUUUGGCUCUCCCCGACAUGUUAAGUCUGAUUCUUCAAGAUGGCUAUGAGCAUCAGAAAAGGAUAUAAGAACAAGAAAAAAAAUCUGCUUUAUACUCCAGCCACAAUCUUAGAAAGUGAUACUGAAGAUAACUUUACAAUACCUGUAGAAGCUUUGCCCAACGUUCAAAUCCCACAGCAGGUUCUAGCUUAUGACGGACUACCAGCUCCGGCUAUGAUAUCGUUCAUCGAAUCUCCAAGUCUUUUUUAUCUACAUCUUGUAAACAGUGAGACAGCAACUAUAGACAGCUUUUGUAGUUCCAUGACGGAGUACUACAAAGGUGAUAGUGAACCUCUACAAGUAAAUCAGCUUCCAUUGGGGUCCCACUGGGCUGUCUACAGUAGUGAUGGGUUAUGGUAUCGGUGUCAGAUACUUUCCAACCUCUUUUUGGAAGAUCAGGAUAUUAUAGAAGGUGGACCAAGACUGAGAGUCCGCUUUAUUGAUUAUGGAUACUGUAGUGAAGUCAAGGUUAAGGAUAUCAGAGUCUUGAGUGAAGAAUUCACACUGCUGCCUGCCCUGGCUGUGCCUUGUUGUUUAGCAAAGGUGUACCCUCAACAUGCCUGGGAAAAGAGUCCUUGGUCCUUAGAAAGUACAGAAGCCUUUCAAAAGUUAUGUGGAGAACCUGACUCCAUUCUACAGACAUAUUUCUCAACACUUAAUUGGAGCAGUAGAAAUGAGGUUAUAUUGGAGACUACAGAAGGCCUGGUCAUCAAUGAAGCACUUGUUCUCCAGGGCCAUGCCAUAUCAAAAGUUUUACUUCAAGCUGCAAACAAAGAUGAGGUAUCAUGUGAAGUCACCAGUGCUCCUGCAGAAGCUGUGGAGAAUUCAGCAGAUUUGGAAACACUUCCACCUACUUGGAAUCCUAUGGAAAGUGCAUAUCUGAAUCCGGCAAAUUCAGUCUCUUUUGAUGAUGAAUGCGCUGAAAGUGUAUUCCUGGGAUUCAGGAAUAGAGACGAAUCCCGCUUGUGUAAAUAUUUCCGCCGGGGGCUUCGUUGUCCAAGAGGAGAUGCAUGUCGAUGGGAGCACGUCAGGCAGCAUGAGGAUAUGUAUUGACUGUAAACUCUGAAGACUGGACAAUACAAGUUUAGGAACAAGUAGUAAGAAGGAUCACGACGGUGACAAAGGGAACAAGUAGUGAGUCAGCAGCAUCUAACGUUACAGCUUAAAUGGCUGAAGCACCCGAAUC